AAAACAUACGUCGAAUAGAAGAUGAAGAUUUUUGAUGAUACCUACAACAGCAUAGCCCACCGGGAUCGGAUCGAUCCUCGUCGGUGUGGCUCCCCCGAGACGGAUCAGUGUUGGUCUGGGUGGCGACUACAGUGUUGAGUUUGUUUACAAAGUUCGUUCAGGAGGGACGAAACAAAUACAAAUCUAAGAGAACCGGCCUCGGGCCGCACCUUCUACUUGCGAAGGAUCGAAGAUGGCGUCGAGCGUGGGGCACCAGACGCUGUCUUCGCUCUUGAAGUCGAAGCCCCCGGUUCCGUAUGCCAAUAUGCUCCGGCAGGUGACGAACCACGUGAAGAAGCUGCAGGAGGAGCUCCAGGCCGAGGCGGAGACCAAUAUCGAGUUCGAGGACAGCUCGCGCCGCACCUUCGAGUACCUGACGCAGCAGCUGAAGGCGUUGAAACAAGCCUUCAACACGCUGUCGGACACCUUGCUGGAGGAGCUGGAGAACAUUUCGGCCAUGGUGACCGAGGAGCUCGCGCAGGUCAAGGACAACCCGAAACUCGUCCGGGUGGAAGAGCGGCAGGAGAAGUUCAACGAGGAGCUUCAGGACUUCUCGACGCAGACGUUCGACAAGCUGAAGCGGCUCGCGGAACAGGACUGCUUCCUGGAGUCGAAAGUCGACCAGCUGAACUCCGACAUGGACACCGUGCUGCAGGUGAUCCCCAAGAUCGAGGACUCCUUUCUCAAGGGCGACCGCCUGCUCAACGAGCGGCAGAACGCCUUCGGGACGGAGAUGAGCAAAAUCAACGACUUGCUCGUGUUGCAGCAGAGCAAGCAGGAGUCCAAUUUCGAAAAGCUCGAGCAGCGGUUCCGGGACAUGAACUUGGAAUUCGACGAAAAGAUCUUGCGGUGCCAAAAAAGUUUGCAGCAGCAGAUGGAGUACGUCAGCCGCCUGGUUUUGGUGACCAAAAGCGGGGGUGGAGGGCAGGCCAGUGGGGAAGCCCCGGUGGCGGGGGGUAAGGCGGAUCUGGAAAUGUCCGCGUCGAAAAUUUUUGAUGCGUCUUCGUUCUUUUCAGGAGCAACGGCACCAGCGAAGCGGGAAGGUACUUACUUAGGAUGAUUGCUGCACAGUCCUCCUCUAUAGCGGCGUGAAUGAAAUGCACAAUAGCAGGAUUUUCACAUUAAGUCUUAAAGACUUAAUGUGAAAAUCUCUACAGAUGAAUAAGCAGAAUAGACUAAAACCAAACGAUCCACAGCUUCCGCGCUGCGCUCUCCCUUUUCGUGGAAGGCGAGUCCGGAAGUGAACAAAGCCGCAUCGAAUCCCUACUACCCCAUGAGAACAGAACUCGGGAGCCCCUUCGCGAGUGCUGCAGGCGGGCCAAACAACAGCAAGCUUAACACUUCUUUGAAUGAGAAGGAAAGCGGCGAGCAGCUGUGGAGCAGCAAUAUCGGACAAUCAGGGUCCGCGAGAUUCAUGCCGAGCCUGGGGCCGACUAUCUGCGGGGGCGGGGGCGAGGAGUGAUCUUUGAAAAGGCAUGUUUUCCGACACUGUGAGGUUCUUGAACGAACGAGUCUUUCCGACUUCAGCUGUUAGCAGCUAGCAAAGGGAAGCGACGUGAUUGAAGAAAGUACUUGGGAUUCGUACAACCAAAAACCGCACUAAACUUUAAA